CUGUGGGGCCUUUCGCAGGAUGGAUGCGUGACGUGCGGAUCUGUGCCGCUCGCGAGAUGGGACGCGGAUCGAGUCGAGACGAGGCGAUUCAGCUCCGACGUGGUCGCGCGCGCUGGCUACGGGUCGUUCCUAUCGGCCGAGCUCUCCUGGUUCGAUGGCGCCUUCUUCCGGAUGAAGCCGGCCGAGGCGGUUCCGCUCGAGCCGCAACAGCGAAUGCUGCUCGAGGUCGGCUACGAGGCCGUUCAUCGCGGAGGAAGCCGCCGGGCUUCGCUCGGUGAAUCGAACGUCGGCAGCUUCACGGGCAUGAUGAACAUGGACGCCGCGUCCCAGCUCCCAGCUGAGCCGGGUCCAUACGACCUGACGGGCGUGGGAUAUUCCGCGGCCGGAGCUCGGCUGUCGUACGCGUUUGCGAUGCGAGGGCCGUGCGUUGUCGUGGACACCGCAUGCUCUUCGAGCCUGAUCGCCGUCCACCUGGCCCGGCGUAGCUUGCAGCAUGGCGAGUGCUCGGGCGCGGUGGUCGCCGGGCCGAACGCCAUCCUCGCGCCUGCCGCGCACGUGGGUCCCGCGCUGGCGGGCAUGACCUCCGCGCGAGGCCGAUGCCACACGAUGGACUCGCGCGCCGAUGGCUACGCUCGCGGCGAGGGCUGCGGCGCGAUCAGUAUGAAACCAGGCGGUCGCGACUCGACGAUUCGAUUCCGCGGGUCCUCGGCUCGGCACAACGGUCGAAGCGCGAGCUUCACGGCCCUGAAUGGAGCUUCACAGCAGCUCCUGCUCCGACGCGCCUCGAGCGAUGCCUCGUGCAAAGCAGAGAGUACCGGCGUCGUCGAGGCGCACGGGACGGGCACCGCUCUCGGCGAUCCGAUCGAGAUGAGCGCGAUAGCGGCGGUCGCGUCGAGCAAGAAGUCCGCUCUUUCUGUUGUCGCUGUGAAAGCGAACGUGGGCCACAUGGAAUCGACGGCGGGCGUCGCCGGGGUCCUCCGAAUCGUCGAGCUCAUCACUCGAACGGCGUGGGUCGCAAACGCGCAGCUGCGCAGGCUCAACGGCCAAGUCGGCUCGGUCCGCAGGAAAGACGUCGUGUUCGUGGGCACCGACGCGGCGGGUACAGUGGGCGUGGAGCGUCUGGGGGGCGUGAGCUCCUUCGGCUGGAGCGGCAUCAUCGCGCACGGAGUUUGUGCCUCAGACGCUGUGCGCUCGUCGGUAUAG